UUAUUGCCUUUAUCCACACGUUUAUUGAUAAAUUAAUAAAAAAUACAAUGAAUUUUCAAAAUAGUCAAGGUGAUGUUCCUUCACCGGAUGCACCUAACGUUCCUAAUAAUUUGAACAACGAUAAUAUAUCCCAUCAGAAUACAAAUGGUGAUAAUUCAAACAAGGAUAUGCUUUUUAUAGCUGUUCAGCUUUUAACAUCAGCAACAACAGCGGCGGUAACAGUCUCAAAAGAGGCUGCAAUAGCAUUAUUAAUAUUUAACUUAGUAGCUGUUUGCUUCUUAAUUAUGAUAAAAAGAAAGCUAUUAGAUAAAUUUUGA